UUUAAGAAGAUGGAUGAACAAAAUGACAUCCACAUAGCCAUUGCAAAGUUAUACAAGGUUUCCGAAAAGUAUGAGAAGUUGUAUAGGUUGGCCACCAAGAAGUUUAGUGAUGUGAAGCUUAAGCGAGAGAAAUCUCUACAAAAUUUGAUAAAGCCAAUCAAACUAUUAGAGCACUGAGAUUUAAGAAUAAUUUCUUGGCUGAGAAGACUAAGAAGCUUGAGGUAGAGGGCAAUAUGGUGACUCGAAGGACAAUGAAGAUGGAAAGGUUCAUCCCCAAUGCACGCCUAUCAACCUAACAGCAACAGGCCCUAGGUAGAGAACAACAUCCUCCAAUCACCUGAACCCGGAAAAGGCAGCGCACUGCAGACCCUCCUCGAGUACAAGAAAAAGUCCCUACGAGGACUCCCCUGGUCACCAUGACUGGCGGUGUGGUUAUUCAGGAGCCCUUUGGCAGAGCUCACCCUACCCGGCAACUCGAAUCCAACGUGGCGUCUUCCUCCACACACCCGACAGUAGGAUGGCAAACCAUUUUUAGGCUUGGGAACGAGCCUUUCCCCAUGACUGCCAGUGUGAGAACUUGGGCUCAGGGUAAGGGUGCUCGAGUUACUAGAAGCUUGGGCUAUGGCCUACAACUUUCGGAAGACGUGCACUUGUUCUCGGGUGGUGUAGAUGAAUCCUUGUCCUCCUGGCUUCAGUGGCACACUAUAGCAAUAGCACAACUGGCUUACAUGAUAGAGAAUCGGCUAAAAGAGGCUGUCGAGGUUGCUAACCGAAAGCGAGCUUUGAAAGAUGUUGCAGUGGCCACGGCAAAGGACAAGGGUAAGGCGGCCGAGGAUGCUGAAAAAAGAGCGAGGGAAGCUGAGAAGGCCCAGGCGUUGGUCGAGCAGAGCCUAACAGAGGCAGGUGAGAAACUGAGGGAGAUGGAGCUUAAGUUGGCCGAGACGGAGAGCCUAAGUCUGGCAUAGGCCACCGAGAUAACAGAGCUAAAGGAAGCCCUUACAGCGGCUGAGGACAAAUGGUACAAUGCAAGCUUCACAGAUGCUGAAAAUUCCGUGGAGCCCAUCAUCUACCAUUCGCAGCGUCAUGGGUUCAGUGAAGGGUGGGUGGCUUCUUUACAAGCGAUGGGGGUGCUAGAUGAUUCAUUAUUGAGAAACCCCAAGCAAAUACCUUAACCUGAGCCUCCUCCCCCCACAGUUCAAAAUCUUACAAACGCUGAGAAAGAAGGAGACACCCCUAGCAUGAGGGUGCUGGUGGAGGCAAUUGAUUCUCACGUGGAGUUAGUUGAUCUCAAGAUUACUAGUAACCCUGAUGCCCUACUGCACAACACCCCAUCCUUAACUCCAAAUCCUGCCCCUCAACCCACCGAAGAUGCCCAAGCCGAGCAAGGUGUUGACACAUUUUCCCCACCAACCUGAUGAUCCUGCCAUUUAAAAGAUUUUACUUAUUCCUUUGUCUAUUUUUAUGGUCAUUUCGUUUGAUUCGCAUAU